CAAGAUCUGUUCGCUCGUUCCAGGAGGAAGAACGCAGGUCGCUCGUCCGGUUCUCGACUCUUGAUCCCAGUUUGCCGUGAGGGUUCGUCCGUACCCCACAGCAGCGUCAGCUUCCAGAUACUUGGGACGCGGCCGUGUCUCGGCGCAACGCUUCAAAUCGGAGGGGCCCGCUUCGCGUGAGCAAUGGAUCACAGGGCGAGAAACCGGCCCUUCUCCUACUUGCGACCGAAUCUGCAGAUGCCCAGCAGGUCGCUCGAAGAUGCGCUGUUCCCCAACACCCCGCGUUUACCCGAACGGGACCGAACAGAUAUCGACGAUAGCGAACAAGGGCGGGAACAAGUGGAGGCGGCUGCGGCAGAUCAACCUUCCCUAGCUCGAACCAUCAACGAUGGACGGGGUGCUGCAGCCAUCACGGUACCUCUAUCCAGGACUCCUGCGUCAAAGACUCCAGCGUCCAAAACUGUGGAGGUCCAGAGGAAAGACACCGAGCCUGCAUUCGUGAGGUCCCCUCCAGCCACGAAUGCCGGCGCGAAAGGGACAAAUCGUGGAGCAUCGGCGAGCAGAGGACGUAGGUUGAACCAAACACCACUUGUCAACACGCCCGCGCCGAGAACUGUAGAAGCCCGAGGCACUUCGACCAGGACUGCGGAGCCGCAGACUCCUUUUACCGCGGUCACAGCCAGAGAGAGACCACAGUGGAACGCGACGGCAACUAGCACUGCGGCUAGAGAUACUGGCUGGUCACUCAACUAUCCGACUGCGGAACCUUUAGGUCACUCUCCGGACCAGGACUACGAUCGUUGGCCACCCUCCGCGGACAACAGCUCGUCGGCUAUGACCACAGUAGCAUCAGUAGGCGCCUUCACUCCUACUGGAGGCGUAUGGGAUGACGGGGAGAUCCCGUAUGCCGAAGAGGGUGUCGAGGAGGAGCAGGCCAUCACUGGCGAUUUUCCGCCUACCACCGGCAGAAGUAUGUAUUCGCCCAUUUCUCAAAUAGGAAAGGAAUUCGACGUGAAGCAUUUGGGGAAGCAGUGUGCCGUGAUCGUGGUGGUCUCACUGCUGAUGGCGUCUUUUAUGACGAUCAUGGUCGUCGAACUGGUUCUGAAGAAGGACAAUCCCAAGUACUGCAGCGGUGUCGUUGCUGCACGCAGGCAACCGUCCGAAAGGUCUGAUAGGAACGCGAGGAUUGGCGACGAGCAGAUUCGGGAGCAUGUGGUGACACACCCGCUCACUCGGCGUGCGGUGCCAGAAAGGACUAAAAAGCCAGUCUUCACCCUGGUCGACUACGAGGACACCAACGCUCCCGGUGAAGCGGUGACGUACGCCUUUGAGUGCGACACCGACGCCUGCCGCUGGCAGAGCCGUCUGGUGGACGAGAAACUGAACCCGAGCGUGGACCCGUGCGUUGACUUUUACGGUUACGUCUGCUCAGCGGCCUGGGACCUGAACGGAGACCUUCCAUACAGGGCAGCGGGACGUGCCUACGUCAUCACCAAGGUUACCAGGUAUCUCCAGGAACACAUGCACACUAUGCCAGCAGCGGCUAUGGCAGGGCUCGACCACGUUGACCAGAGCUUCCUGGAUCGCUCUAGUCUCGUGCUGAAUUCCUGUAUCAACAACACGGCUGCCAAGGAUGUGACACAAUGGGACGGCAUACGAGGCUUGCUGCGGAAAAACAGGCCUAGAAGACUGGCCCUACUCCGAGCCACCGCCGGUGCAACCGCAGCAGCCUUUCCGGCUCGACAGCGUACUUAAGCUCAUCGACCGGCAACUCGCU